AUGUAUAUUGUCUGUGCUCUUCUGUCUGGAACUGACCCCAUAUACUUCUGUCGAUUACAAGCUGCUGACAUUGCACGGCACAGUGUUGCAGGCUGUCCUAAGAUGGUAGAUGCUUCUACGCUUCAUGUGCAUAGCUCGACACAGCCUACGACAACCAUACAAGGCGCAUUCGAGCGCCAACUCACCAAUGAAGACAAGCUCUUUGAAAGAUUUUUUGCAAAGCUGACAGCAAACACUGCGGUAACAUCACCUCAGAACCGGGAGGAAGUACAAAGUCAAGAGUGA